CUUCUCGAAUCAUCAAGAUUACCCCAAAAUUUGAACUCAUCCUUGCCGAAACCACCUCUAUAAAUAACCCAUUCCAACCAGCACAAUCUCAUCAAAUCAGAAAACCAAGCAAGCUCAUCAUAGCAAUUCAAUCUUUCUGCAAAUUCAUUUUUGAGUGAAACCCUUUGAGAUAAUGUCGAUCAUCCCAAGUUUCUUCAGCAACCAAAGGAGUAAUGUUUUUGAUCCAUUUUCCCUUGACAUAUGGGAUCCUUUCCAAGGCUUUCCAUUCUCUACCGGUGCUCUGACCGGGCAAACUGGCCAAGGUGGUUCCGAUACUGCAAGAGAGACAUCACAGUUAGCGAAUACCAGGAUUGAUUGGAAGGAAACUCCAGAAGCUCAUGUCUUCAGAGCUGAUCUUCCUGGUGUUACAAAGGAAGAAGUGAAAGUUGAGGUAGAAGAAGGGAGAGUUUUACAGAUAAGUGGAGAAAGAAGUAGAGAGAGUGAGGAGAAGAAUGAUAAGUGGCACAGAGUUGAACGUAGCAGCGGCAAGUUCUUGAGGAGAUUCAGGUUACCUGAGAAUACUAAGAUGGAUGAAGUGAAAGCUACUAUGGAGAAUGGAGUGCUUACUGUCUGUGUUCCUAAAGUUGAGCAGAGGAGACCUGAAGUUAAGUCCAUUGAGAUUUCUGGUGCAUCGGAGGGGUCGACUCAAGUUCCAAUGGAAACCUCCGGUACUCAGGCUGCACAAGACCAGACUGCUUAGAGAUGUGGCCAUGACCGGAAGUCUGCAAGCCUCUUAUGUUGUGUCCUGUUUAGUCCUUUUCAGUUAAGCUACUAGUGUGGAGUCUGUCAUGUCAAUAUGUUUUUACUCUCUGUAAGGUUGUGUCGUGUCCCCAAGUGUGGGUUAUGUAAAGAGGUUUAUGCUAUGUACUGGACAUGUUUAUAAUAAAAAGGAGCUUUAGUUGAACUUAA